AACAAAUUUAGAUAAGAAAAUCAGUCUGAGUAGCAGUAGUAAAAACAAUGAGCACAUCCACUCAAUUUCUUUCUCCUUUCAUUUACCAACCUCUCAAAACCCCUAAAACCCUAACCCUAAUUUUCAAUCCCAAAUUUCCCCAAUCUCAUAAUUCUCAAAUCAACCCCAAAAUUGUUCAAUCCCAGAACAAACCCAUUCGCAAAAACCCUAGAAAAAGGUCUUAUGGAAGCUCAAGAAGGUCAGUUAUUAAGAAAACAUUCAUUCAGGAACAAGUGGUUUUUACUGCUCCGAUUUCUGAUGACCCGGAAGUUGGGAUAAUUGGUGGCGGAAUGGCGGGUCUUAUGUGCGCUCUGAAUUUGGAGAAGAGAGGGAUUCGUUCUACUGUUUUCGACACGGGAAUGCAUGGUUUGGGAGGGAGGAUGGGAACAAGAAUAGUUGAACCUAAGCACUAUGUUUUCGACCAUGCUGCUCAAUUCUUUACUGUUAGCGAUAUGCGGUUUGGUGAGUUGGUCAAUGGAUGGAUUGAGAAGGGGCUUGUACAACAAUGGCAGGGUACAGUUGGAGAAAUUGAACCCGGGGGUCGAUUUUCUCCAUUGCCUGCUUCUCCACCACGUUAUAUAGGUGUCAAUGGAAUGCGUACACUGGCUGAUUCAAUAUUGUCCGAGGCAAAAAUGGUUGAAGUUGUUAGGCCAUGUUGGAUCAGUACACUGGAGCCAUUUAAUGGGAUGUGGCAUUUGAGUGAGAAUGGAAAGCCACGUGGAAAAUUCGAUGCUAUUGUUAUUGCACACAACGGAAAAUGUGCAAAUCGCUUACUCGCCCAUUCAGGCUUGCCACUUAUUGCUAAACAAAUGAAGAGGUUAGAUUUGAGCUCUAUUUGGGCCCUGCUUGCAGCAUUUGAUGACCCUCUUCCUUUGAGUUCUACCUUUGAAGGAGCAUUUGUAAAUGGAAUAGAUGCUUUAUCAUGGAUGGCCAACAACUCUGCAAAGUUGUCGUCUACCCAAAUUGGUCCUCAUUGCUGGACUUUCUUCAGUACAGCAGCUUUUGGAAAACAGAACAAGGUUCCACAGGAAAACAUUCCAAGUGUCACCGCAGAGAAGGUAACAACACAGAUGCUGGAGGGUGUUGAGAUUGCAUUAGGGCUCCCAAAAGGAUCACUGAAGAAACCUAGUUAUACCAAGGUGCAACUAUGGGGUGCAGCUCUUCCAACCAAUACUCCAGGCACUCCAUGCAUCUUUGAUCCUCAAGGAAGAGUUGGUAUUUGUGGUGAUUGGCUGCUGGGUUCAAGUCUAGAAGACGCUGCUCUCAGUGGCAUGUCAAUGGCUAGUCAUAUUGCAGACUAUUUUCGAAGUGAUGGAACACAUGCAGAGGAUUAUGCAAUUGGCUUGCACAAUGAAUUCCAACGGAUACAAGGACACGACACUGGGCGGUUUCCUGGUUUAGAACCUAAAGACCUGGUGACGGGAGAACUUGUACAAACAUAGAGUUAGCAAUCUUGGUCUGGAAGGAUCAGUCUGAUUUAUUACAAAACUCCAUUUGAAGCAUGGACUCAUAAGAGCUUCUCAAAAUGUAUGUACUAGGAUACAACAUUACAACAUAACAGCAGACGAGUAUCAGGGUGUACACCAAACCCAUUUUUCUCACCCAGGAGAGGCAAUAUCAACAUUCCAUCAUCGAUCUUCAUUGUUAUGUUGACAUCACUAAUGGUAGCCUUUCCCAUGCAUGCUUAUUUGCAGGGUCCCUUGAGGAUUUUUUUUGAUGAAAAAUUGAUCUACUUCAGGGUAUACAAGCAUUUUCAACCAGACUCACUUUUUGCAAGAGUUGAAGACUUGAAGUCUAGAUUUUGUAAAUUUUAUUUGUAACUCAUGUAUGUUUGUAUGUUAGUAAUGUUAUACUUUGAAAGAGAAUGUAUUACAAAAUUGUGAAAGUAACCAAUUAAUAGAAAGUGUUUUACUGAU